AUGUCCGACUCCAUCCCCUCCGCCCACCCCGAUGAACAUCAUCAACACCAACACCCCACCAACGCCGAAGACCGCAAAGCCGCCGCUGCCCUCUCCGCCCUCAACCCCAGCCACAUCGCCCCCGACACCCCCAAGUCCUCCUCCACUCCCUCCGCUGCAGACCAGGAAGCUCUGGGUCAGGCAAUGAGUCGCUUGGAGAUCGCCUCGGGACAAACUGGUGGUGCUGGUCGUGGUGGCGUGCAGAAGCCGGUUGAGGCCCAGAAGAGGGUUCCGGUGGAAGGGGCUAAGAAGAAGGCGGUUAAGGUGGCGGUGGAGGAUGUGAAUCUUUUGGUAUGUCAAUACCUUGGACAACUGUUUGGGUGGAGGCUAAUGGCGACGGUGGACAAGGUCGAGGAGUUGGAAUUGAAUAAGAACACUGCGACCGAGUUGUUAAGAUUGCAUGAUGGGAAUGUGGUGGAUGCCAUGAGAGCCUUCGUCUCUGUUGGUCCGGGUCUGUGA